AUGGCCACCUCUCCCGGAGUCAGCAAAGCCACAGCAGCAGUGAAGAGCAUGUCACAGUUUCCAGUUCUGCCCCCGAUUGAUGGCGAUCAGGACCGGGGGGAGGUUGGACAGACCACUGCAGCAAAGAAGGAGAUAGCAGAGAAAAUUACGGUUCAAAAGAAAUUUCUGAGGCACAAAAGGAGUAAAGUGGAACAAGAGCGACUCCAUGCCAUAUUGGUGUCCAGAGCAAUGGAGGCUUAUAGGCAGAGCAAAGAGAGGGAGGCAGUCUGCAGCCCCUUACCAGAAGCAGAGUGUCCUCCUUCUAUGAUAAGUGAGGAGCGUAAGCGAAGGAUGAACUACAUGUUUCUAAGGCAGUGUGUAGAGAAACGCCCAUUCGCUCCAAUCCAGGUACAGUGGUUGGAAUCCAUUGUUGCCCGAGUCUCACCUAAAUUUAAAGAGGGCCCUGAGACAAAUAAACUACUUCAGGAGCUCUGCAAGGAAGUCAGCGAGGACUUCCACAAUGUGAUUGUCAAGCACACAGUGGACACAGUACUAAAAAAUCCCCAAACAGAAGAAGUUGUCUCAGACAAACCGACUGCUACUCAACCAAAAAUUCUGGAUUACUCUCAACCAUGGCAUGAUAGCUUUAUCCGAAGCCGCAAGAUGAUGAAAAAACAUUUGCACAUUCUUCAUCCGGUAAUGCAAACUGUUUUGAAUAUUGGAUACCUGACAUUUUCCCCAUUGGUCCUGGUGGACCUUACAGGAUGCAGGGCUUCGGGACCAGUAGACUGUAAGAGCCUACAGAACAAAAUGGCAGUGGAGUGUAAGAGGACCGAAGAUCGAAUCAUGAAUACUUGGUUUCCGAAAGUCAUCUUCUUAUUAGCAAGCAUGGAAACACUGAAGGGAGUUAAAGAGGAGAAACUUGACUCAUUCUAUGACUGUGCAUCAACCCUCAUCUCCAAUCAGUUGAAAUCCCUGCUUCAGUCGAGUAUAGAGGAGUUUGUCAAUCACUUUGAUCCGAGUAAUGGCCAAUGCUUGCCCCUCUUUCGCAUGGCCUUGACAUUUGAUGAUGAAAAGAUGGAAAUUUAUCCCACAUUACAAGAUCUGGAAGCUGCCAUUUUUGACAUUCUGAAUGCCAUCACAAACACGCUGCAGAAAGUACAGACGGUCCAGUCAUGGCUGGCACAAACCACAUCCUCUUUUGUUGAUGCCAAGGUGGCUGAUCACGUCCUUGCUUGGGCUCAGGUCACUAUAAAGACAGCUAUGUGCAAGAAUGUAGAAGAACCUGACAGACACUUCCAGAACUAUGUAGAGAAAUAUGACUGGUUGGUCAAUGGAACUGCACAGGCAAGAGUAGAACAGUUCAUGGAAGAGGAGCACUCUUUUGACGAGUACACUAAGCAAGUGGAGGAGUUUCGUGUUCUGUCAAAAGAGAUUCUCAGCCUCCCAGCAAAAGCCCACUUUCCGAUGGUCCAUCUGGACUGUGAAGAGCUGAAACAGGGGCUUGCCAACAAAACCAAAAAGUAUGCUGAAAUACUUCUGAAGAAACUGAUCACCAGCCACCAUGAGCAAAAUCUACAGAUCUGCUCUGAAUUUGAAAUCAUCAGAGAAAACAUUCUGAAAGUACCGGAGAGCACUGAGGACAUGACUCAGAUCAUUGGACACAUCAAUUUUACUAAGGCAAAGGGUAUUGCAGAACUUAAUGAAAAGAUAAAGCAAGCCUACUUAAGACUGAUCUACAUCCUGGAUGUCCACAUCAUUGAGCCAGAGGAUCUGGAGCUAAAUACGAUUGUCUUUCUCUGGCCAAAGAAAAUCCUCCAUGUCUUUGACCUCAGUGAUGAGGUGAUGACGAAGGCCAAGCAGAAAGGGGAGCAGGAGCUGAUUGCUAAAACAGAAAAGUUAAUGGUACAGCUGGAAAAGUUGGGACGUAGAAUCGAAGAGUUCCCACAUUACUCUGAGCUGGAUAUGAUGCAGCAGUAUAUAACAGAUGUCAAAACAGUUCAGAAACUUCUCCAGGAGGCUGAAGAGACCAUUGCCUUCGUUAACAAAGAAGAGGCCUUCUACAAAUGGGACCCGACAUGUUACCCAGAGGUUGAGGUCAUCAAAGACACCAUUGAACCGUAUCAGAAGCUGUUUGGACUGGUGCAGAGAUGGCAGCGCACUGAGAACAGAUGGAUGAACGGCUCCUUCCAGGAACUAGAUGGCGAGAGCAUGGAAGUAAAAGUGGAUGAGUUCUUUAGGGAGAUCUUCAAAAUGCUGAAGUUUUUCCAACAGAAGCAGAAUAAGGCUGAGCAAGAGAUGGAGAAGAUUGCGGGAAAGUCAAGGCCUCGAACUGGUGAGGCUGAUCACAGGAAGCUGGAAAGCCCCACAGUACUUCUGUGCUCCACUGUAAUGGAGCAGAUCAAAGAGUUCAAGGACCACAUCCCUGUAGUUUCCAUCUUGUGUAAUCCAGGCAUCAGAGCUCGCCACUGGGACCAAAUGUCAGAGGUAGUGGGGUAUGACCUCACUCCUGACUCUGGUACUACACUGCGCAAAGUUCUCAAACAAAACCUGGUUUCUUACCUGGAAGAGUUUGAUGCUAUCAGCGCCGCUGCUAGCAAAGAGUUUUCCCUGGAGAAGGCUAUGCAAACCAUGGUGCAUAUUUGGGAUGUUGUUUCGUUCCACCAUCAACCUUACAGAGAGACCGGAGUGUCCAUCUUGACCGCCUUGGACGAGAUUCAGACAAUGCUAGACGACCAGAUUGUGAAGACUCAGACGAUGAGAGGCUCACCAUUCAUCAAACCUUUUGAAAAGGAGAUCAAGCUGUGGGAGGAGCGUCUGCUGCGUAUCCAGGAGACCAUAGAUGAAUGGCUGAAGGUGCAGAGCCAGUGGCUUUAUCUGGAGCCCAUCUUCUCUUCUCAAGACAUCAUGCAGCAGAUUCCAGAAGAGGGCCGACUUUUUCAAACUGUUGACAAAAACUGGAAAGAGGUCAUGAGGCACUGCAUUAAGAAUCCUAAGAUCCUGGCAGCAACCUCUCUGCCUGGGCUGCUAGAGAAACUGCAGGAUUCUAACAACCUCCUGGACAUCAUCAUGAAAGGGUUGAACGCCUAUUUGGAGAAAAAACGGCUCUUUUUCCCACGGUUCUUCUUCCUGUCCAAUGAUGAAAUGCUGGAGAUUCUGUCUGAGACCAAAGACCCACUGCGAGUGCAGCCCCAUCUGAAGAAGUGCUUCGAGGGUGUUUCCAAACUGGACUUCCUACCCAAUCUGGAUAUCCAGGCGAUGUAUAGUAGUGAAGGGGAGCGUGUUCCACUAAUCCAGCUCAUCUCCACAUCUGAAGCCAAAGGAGCUGUGGAGAAGUGGCUGGUGCAGGUGGAGGAUCUGAUGCUCCGCAGUGUCAGAGAUGUAGUGGCUCGGUCCAAGCUGGCCUACGCUGAGACUGCACGGAGCCAGUGGGUCAAAGAGUGGCCUGGCCAGGUGGUGCUCUGUACCUCCCAGAUUUACUGGACCUUGGAGGUUCAUGAAGCCAUCAGAUCUGGAGCGGAUGGCUUAAAGAGUUACUACCAGCAACUCCAGAAUCAGCUGAGGGACAUUGUGGAGCUGGUGAGAGGGCAACUGCCCAAACAAACACGGACCACUCUGGGAGCGUUGGUCACUAUUGAUGUCCAUGCCAGGGAUGUGGUCUUGGAGCUCAUUGAGAAAGGAGUAUCAAAUGAUACCGACUUCCAAUGGCUAGCCCAGCUUCGUUACUACUGGAGCAAUGACAAUGUUCGUGUUCGCAUUAUUAACUGUGAUGUUAAAUACGCCUAUGAAUACCUGGGGAACUCCCCACGUCUCGUCAUCACUCCACUGACUGACAGAUGCUACAGGACACUGAUUGGUGCUUUCUACCUCCAUUUGGGGGGUGCACCAGAGGGUCCUGCUGGAACAGGAAAGACGGAAACCACUAAAGAUCUAGCCAAGGCUUUAGCUGUGCAGUGUGUGGUCUUCAACUGUUCUGACGGACUGGAUUACCUCGCUAUGGGCAAAUUUUUUAAAGGUUUGGCUUCAUCUGGUGCGUGGGCAUGCUUUGAUGAGUUCAAUCGUAUCGAGCUGGAGGUGCUGUCUGUGGUGGCACAGCAGGUUCUGUGCAUCCAGAGGGCCGUCGAACUGAACUUGGAGUACUUUGACUUCGAAGGGACCAUGCUCAAACUCAACCCCAACUGCUUUGUGUCCAUUACAAUGAACCCUGGCUACGCAGGACGCUCAGAACUCCCAGACAAUCUAAAGGUGUUAUUCCGAACAGUGGCCAUGAUGGUCCCCAACUACGCACUGAUCGCGGAGAUCUCUCUGUAUUCAUAUGGCUUCCUCAAUGCCAAGCCGCUGUCAGUAAAGAUUGUGAUGACCUACAGGCUCUGUUCGGAGCAGCUCUCGUCCCAGUUCCAUUAUGAUUACGGCAUGAGGGCCGUCAAAGCUGUGCUUGUAGCGGCUGGAAACCUCAAGCUCAAGUUUCCUGAUGAGAAUGAGGACAUUCUGCUCCUGAGGUCCAUUAAGGAUGUCAAUGAGCCCAAGUUUCUCUCCCAUGAUAUUCCGCUUUUCAACGGAAUCACCAGCGAUUUGUUCCCAGGCAUCUCUCUUCCCGUGGCGGACUAUCAGCUGUUUCUGGAGGCUGCUGCAGAAUGUUGUAAAAAUCACAACGUGCAGCCGACAGAGGUCUUCUUAGAGAAGAUGAUCCAAACAUAUGAGAUGAUGAUAGUCAGGCAUGGGUUCAUGCUGGUGGGGGAACCUUUUGCUGGGAAGACCAAAGUGCUCCACGUUCUUGCUGAUACGCUGACCCUCAUGAAUGAGAGAGGUUUUGGUGAGGAAGAGAAGAUCAUCUACAGGACUUUGAACCCAAAGUCCAUCACCAUGGGACAGCUCUUUGGACAGUUUGACUUAGUUUCCCAUGAGUGGACUGAUGGGAUUGUGGCCAACACAUUUCGUGAGUUUGCAUCGGCUGACACACCAGAACGUAAAUGGGUGGUGUUUGAUGGUCCCAUAGACACGCUGUGGAUUGAGAGCAUGAACACUGUGCUGGACGACAACAAAAAGUUGUGCCUGAUGAGUGGAGAGAUCAUGCAGAUGUCCAAUCAGAUGAGUCUGAUUUUUGAAGCAAUGGAUCUCUCCCAGGCCUCACCUGCCACAGUCAGUCGGUGUGGUAUGAUCUACAUGGAACCCUCUCAGUUGGGCUGGGAGCCCUUGAUGAUCUCCUGGAUGAACAAUCUUCCUGAAGUCCUUCAGAGACCGGACAACCGCUCCCUGCUGCUGGAGCUCUUUCAAUGGCUCCUGCCGCCUGCCCUCAGGAUGCUGCGAAAAAACUGCAGAGAAGUCGUUCCCACCAGCAACAGUAACACAGUUGUGUCCUUGUGUCGACUGUUUGAGAUGCUCCUCUCUGAACCUGUAAAAACGAGUCCUGAGGAAAAAAAUAUUAGCACUUGGAUCAUGGCAGCUUUUGCCUUCUCCCUGGUGUGGAGUGUAGGAGGCAGCUGUGAUGCCGACAGCAGAGAGAAGUUUAGUGAGUUCUUCAGGGAGACUGUAUCAGGAAAGACAGAGCAUCCUAUCCCGGCCUCAGUGGGGAAGUGGGAGUGUCCAAUGGAUGACAAAGGGCUGGUGUAUGACUAUUACUAUGAGUUUAAAGGAAGAGGCCGCUGGGUUCACUGGAAUGAUGACAUAAAAAAUGUCAACCUGGGGGACAAAAACACCAAAGUGCAGGAGAUCAUUGUUCCCACCAUAGAUACAGUUCGCUACACCUACCUCAUGGACCUCUGCAUCAGAUACGGAGUGCCUCCCCUAUUUGUUGGUCCUACUGGCACUGGGAAGUCAGUGUAUGUCAAAGAGAAGCUGAUGAACAAUCUGGACAAAGACAACUAUCUACCAUUCUUUAUCAAUUUUUCAGCUCGUACUAGCGCCAACCAAACUCAGAAUAUCAUCAUGUCCAGAUUGGAUAAGAGAAGGAAGGGGGUGUUUGGGCCCCCGAUGGGAAAGAAGUGUGUCAUCUUUGUAGAUGACAUGAACAUGCCUGCACUGGAACAGUUUGGAGCGCAGCCUCCUGUGGAGCUUCUUCGGCAGUAUAUAGACCAUGGAAACUGGUAUGACCUGAAGGAUACCUCCAGGAUCUCUCUUGUUGACCUCCAGCUCAUCUCAGCUAUGGGCCCCCCUGGUGGUGGGAGGAACGCUGUGACAUCUCGCUUUCUGCGGCACUUCAACAUUUUUAGCAUCAAUGCCUUCAGUGACGACACCAUGGUUCGCAUCUUCUCUAGCGUGGUGGCCUUUUAUCUCAAAAACAAUCAGUUCCCACCUGAAUACUUCACUAUUGGCAACCAAAUUGUGACAGCUACAAUGGAAGUGUAUAAGAAAGCUAUGGAGAACCUACUUCCGACUCCAGCCAAAUCUCACUACACCUUUAACCUACGGGACUUCUCACGCGUUGUCCAAGGAUGCCUGCUGCUGAAGAAGGACUCUCUGGACAACAAACGUACUAUGAUACGCUUGUUUGUCCAUGAGGUGUUCAGGGUCUAUUAUGACCGCCUGGUGGAUGACAAAGAUCGAGCAUGGCUCUACCAGCUGAUGAACGGCAUCCUCAAAGAUCACUUCAAAGAGUCUUUUGACCAGGUGUUUGAUCACCUGAAACAAGGCAGUAGACUGGUUGAGGAAGACAUGCGGAAUCUUCUGUUUGGUGACUACAUGAACCCUGACCUGGAGGAUGAUGAGCGCUUGUACUCUGAGGUGCCCUCAAUGGAAAGCUUUUCUGAAGUGGUGGAGUUGUGUCUUGAUGAAUACAACCAGAUGCACAAGAAUCGCAUGAACCUCGUCAUCUUCCGCUAUGUCCUGGAGCACCUGUCCCGUAUCAGCCGUGUGUUGAAGCAGCCAGGAGGCAAUGCCCUACUGGUGGGAGUGGGAGGCAGCGGACGCCAGUCCAUCACCCGUCUGGCCACAUCCAUGGCCCACAUGACCAUGUUCCAGCCUGAGAUCUCUAAGAGCUAUGGGAUCACUGAAUGGAGAGACGACCUCAAGAUGCUGCUGAAAAAUGCUGGGGUGAAAGGUCAGAAGACAGUGUUCCUGAUAACUGAUUCCCAGAUCAAAGAUGAGGCUUUUCUAGAAGACGUGGACAGUGUCCUGAACACAGGGGAGGUGCCCAAUCUGUUUGCCAUAGAUGAAAAGCAAGAAAUCAUGGAGACAGUACGACCCAUUGCCCAGGCUGGAAAUAGGAAUUUGGAGUUGAGUCCUUUGACUCUGUUCGCCUUCUUUGUGGCACGCUGUAGAGAGAACCUGCACAUAGUCGUGGCGUUUAGUCCUAUUGGAGAUGCCUUUCGAAACCGCCUGCGCCAGUUUCCAUCUCUUAUCAACUGCUGUACUAUUGACUGGUUCCAGCCAUGGCCAGAGGAGGCUCUGGAGAGAGUAGCCAACUCCUUCCUGGAGUCAUUGGAGAUGAGUGAAAAUGAGAGGCUGGAGGUCAUACCCAUCUGCAAAACGUUCCAUACAUCUGCCAAACAGCUCUCACAGAGAUUCCUCACUGAGCUAGGUCGCCAUAAUUAUGUGACACCCACAUCCUACCUGGAGCUGAUUGCAGCUUUCCGUCUGCUGCUCACGGAGAAGAGAGACACUGUCAUGAAAGCAAAGCAGAGGUACACCAACGGUCUGGAUAAACUAGCCUUUGCUGAAUCUCAGGUUAGCGAGAUGAAAAAGGAGCUUGUAGACCUGCAGCCCAAACUGGAACAGGCAACGAUAGACAACAACAAAAUGAUGAAGGUGAUUGAAGUGGAGUCUGUUCAGGUAGAAGCUAAAAGUAAAGUUGUGCGUGUUGAUGAGGAGGCAGCAACUAUAAAAGCAAAUGAGGCUCAGGCUCUGAAGAAUGAGUGUGAGAGUGACUUGGCUGAGGCCAUCCCCGCCCUGGAGGCUGCUCUCUCUGCCUUGAACACGCUGAAGCCAUCUGAUGUCACAAUUGUGAAGUCGAUGAAAAAUCCUCCCUCCGGGGUGAAGAUGGUGAUGUCUGCUGUGUGUGUGAUGAAGGAGAUAAAGCCGGAUAAGAUAGCUGACCCAGCUGGGACUGGCAAAAAGGUUUUGGAUUACUGGGGUCCAAGCAAGAAGCUUCUGGGUGAUAUGAACUUUUUACGAGAUCUUAAAGAGUAUGACAAGGACAAUAUUCCUAUCCCUGUGAUGCAAAAAAUCCGCAGCGAGUACAUGACUAACCCUGACUUUGACCCCAGCAUUGUAGCAAAGGCCUCCUCUGCAGCGGAGGGCCUGUGCAAGUGGAUCCAAGCAAUGGAGGUGUACGACAGAGUGGCAAAGGUUGUGGCUCCUAAGAAGGCCAAUCUGGCAGAGGCACAGGAGUCCCUGGCUGCUACCAUGGCCCUGCUGGACCAGAAGAGAGCUGAGCUGAAGGAGGUCGAGGACCGUCUGGCUGCCCUUCAGAAAACCUUUGAGGAAAAAACUGAGGAGAAGGCGCAACUGGAGUCCCAGGUGGAAUCAUGUGCCAGGAAGUUGGAGAGGGCUGAGAAACUCAUUGGUGGUCUGGGCGGAGAGAAGACCAGGUGGUCUAAGGCAGCAGACGACCUGCAGAACACUUAUGACAACCUGACUGGAGAUGUUCUCAUCUCCGCUGGUGUCAUCGCCUAUCUGGGUGCCUUCACUGCUGGCUUUAGACACGACUGCACUAUGUCAUGGACCAAACUCUGCCAAUCUAAGAAGAUUCCAUCAGCAGAUGACUUCUCUCUCAGUAAGACGUUGGGAGAUCCCAUUAAAAUCAGAGCGUGGAACAUCGCAGGUCUUCCCAGUGACUCUUUCUCCAUUGACAACGGGGUUAUUGUCAGUAAUUCACGUAGAUGGCCCUUGAUGAUUGACCCUCAGGGUCAGGCCAACAAGUGGGUGAAAAAUUCAGAGAAAGACAACAACCUGAAUGUAAUCAAGCUCACAGACGGGGACUAUAUGAGAACUUUGGAAAACUGUAUUCAAUUUGGAACCCCCUUGCUCCUGGAAAAUGUAGGAGAGGAGCUGGACCCAUCAUUGGAACCACUGCUGCUCAAACAAACCUUCAAACAAGGUGGUGUGGAUUGCAUCAGGCUGGGGGAGAGUGUGAUUGAGUACUCCCGCGAUUUCCGUUUUUACAUCACCACUAAGCUGAAGAACCCUCACUACCUACCAGAACUGGCCACCAAGGUGUCCCUUCUCAAUUUCAUGAUCACACCAGAGGGCUUAGAGGACCAGCUGUUGGGGAUUGUUGUUGCCAAGGAGAGGCCAGAACUGGAGGAGGAGAGAAAUGCACUUAUCCUGCAGUCAGCUGCCAAUAAAAGGCAGCUAAAGGAAAUCGAGGACAAGAUCUUGGAAACACUGCAGUCCUCUGAAGGGAAUAUCCUGGAAGAUGAAAGUGCCAUUCAGAUUCUGGACUCAGCAAAGAUCAUGUCCAAUGAGAUUAGCAAGAAACAGCAGAUUGCAGAAAAGACAGAAAUCAAGAUAGCGGAGUCGAGAGAGGGUUACAGAGCCAUUGCCAAGCACUCCUCCAUCCUGUUCUUCAGCAUCGCUGAUCUGACCAACAUAGACCCGAUGUACCAGUACUCUCUCAGCUGGUUUGUCAACCUCUACAUUAACUCCAUACAUGACAGUAACAAGUCCAAAAUCCUGGAGAGGAGGCUUAGAUACCUGAUCGAUCACUUCACCUAUAACCUGUACUGUAACGUCUGUCGCUCUCUGUUUGAGAAGGACAAACUCCUCUUCUCCUUCCUGCUCUGCAGCAAUCUACUCCUAGCGAAAAAGGAGAUUGAAUACUCUGACUUCAUGUUCUUUCUGACCGGAGGGGUGGGCCUGCAGAACACCAUUGCUAACCCCGACCCCAGCUGGCUACAGGACAAGAGCUGGGAUGAGAUCUGCAGAGCCAGUGAACUGUCUGACUUACAAGGAAUAAAAGAGGCUUGCAUCAAAAGCCCAGAAGAAUUUAAAUCUAUUUAUGACAGCAAAGAGCCGAGCAACACUCCUCUGCCUGCACCAUGGUGUGAAAAACUAAAUGACCUGCAGAAAAUGAUCAUUGUCCGCUCUCUCAGACCUGAUAAGAUCGUUCCCGCUGUCAUUAAAUAUGUGACUGGCAAACUUGGGAAGAAAUUUGUCCAGCCCCCUCCAUUUGACCUGUGUAAGAGCUACCUGGACUCCAACUCCACCAUCCCACUCGUAUUUGUGCUGUCUCCAGGAGCUGAUCCCAUGGCUAGCUUACUAAAGUUUGCCACUGACAAGAACAUGGGUGGAGCCAAGUUCCAGUCCAUCUCUCUGGGGCAGGGACAGGGACCCAUCGCUGCCAAAAUGAUAAUCACAGCCAUGCAAGAUGGGACGUGGGUGUGUUUGCAGAACUGUCACCUGGCUGUCUCCUGGAUGUCCAGCCUCGAGAAAAUCUGUGAGGACUUCAGUCCAGCGACAUGCCACCCAGAAUUCCGCCUUUGGCUCACAAGCUACCCUUCAGCCAAGUUUCCAGUAACCAUCCUUCAGAACGGGGUGAAAAUGACAAAUGAGCCUCCUACAGGACUCCGACUCAACCUGCUGCAGUCAUACGUGUCAGAUCCUCUGUCUGACUCAGACUUCUUCAAUAACUGCCCUGAUAAGGAGCUGAUCUGGGAGAAGCUGCUGUACGGACUGUGCUUCUUCCAUGCUCUUGUUCAGGAAAGGAAAAAGUUUGGUCCGUUGGGCUGGAACAUUCCCUAUGGCUUCAAUGAGUCUGACCUACGUAUAAGCAUCCGCCAGCUGCAGCUCUUUGUGAAGGAAUAUGAUGAGGUGCCCUUCGAGGCCAUCACCUACCUGACCGGGGAGUGUAACUAUGGCGGCCGCGUGACAGACGACUGGGACAGGAGGCUCCUGAUGACCAUCUUGGCUGACUUCUACAACAAUGACAUCAUUGAGAAACCUCGCUACCCCUUCUCCCCUAGUGGCGAAUACUUUGCCCCACCUAAGUCUGUCUAUGACGACUACAUUGUGUUUAUAAAGGAGCUUCCUUUCAGCCAGCAUCCAGAGGUGUUUGGGAUGCAUGAAAAUGUAGACAUUUCUAAAGAUCUCCAGCAGACAAAGCUGCUCUUUGAUUCAUUGAUACUCACCCAGGGUGGAGGAGCUAAGGGAGGGGCUAGCACUGGGAGUGACAACACGCUGUACGACAUAGCGAAUGACAUCCUUACUAAGCUUCCAGCUAACUUUGACACAGAAGCAGCCCUCUUGAAGUUCCCAGUGCUCUACGAGGAGAGUAUGAACACUGUGCUCGUCCAAGAGAUGGAGCGCUACAACACGCUGUGUGGGACGAUCCGUGUCAGUCUGCAGAAUCUGUUGAAGGCCAUCAAGGGUUUGGUAGUGAUGGAUGCGGAGCUGGAGGCGGUUGCAGUCAGUUUGACAGUUGGAAAGGUCCCAGAGAAAUGGGCAAAACGCUCUUACCCCAGCCUGAAGCCAUUGGGCAGCUAUGUUACUGAUUUUCUCUCAAGACUCAAGUUUUUGCAGGAUUGGUACGACAGCAGCAAACCCAACGUGUUCUGGCUCUCUGGCUUCUUCUUCACCCAGGCCUUCCUAACUGGGGCUAUGCAGAACUACGCCAGGAAAUACCACAUCCCCAUUGACCUGCUAGGCUUUGAUUUUCAGGUUCUCACUAUUGAUGAGUCAGACACAUCGCCUGAGGAUGGCGUUUACGUUAAUGGAAUGUUUCUGGAUGGAGCUCGAUGGGAUAAAGAAAGUGGAGUUCUGGCUGAGCAGCACCCCAAAGUCCUGUUUGACGUGGUGCCAAUCAUCUGGGUAAAACCCACUAAACAGAAGAACUUUGAUCAGACUCAGUUGUAUGCCUGCCCUCUCUACAAGACCAGUGAGAGGAAGGGCACCCUCUCUACCACAGGCCACUCCACCAAUUUUGUCAUUUCCAUGGUGUUGCCAACUAGCCAGCGCCCUCAACACUGGAUCAAGCGUGGUGUGGCUAUGCUCUGCCAGCUUGAUGACUGAAUCAGACAGCAAACUAUUUAAGACUCCGUCACUUCACAGUGACACUUUUAAAACUUUGAUGCCUUUUUUGAUUCCCUCUCCCUUUACCAUGCAACAUUAAACGUACCUGUUUUUGACCAACUAGAGAGUAUUUGUUUUAAAGCUAUGGAUAAAGCAUUUUUGUGGGGCGGUAUGAGGGACUUGU